CCUUCCAGAGUUCUGCUGGCGCCAGAAAGAAUGUUCUGGACCUUGGUUCUGGUCAGAAUUUCUCUACAUUGGACGUUCGGGUCCCAGGUUCCGGUUCUGGUUCCAGGUCUGGUUCCGGUUCUGGCCCCAGGUCUGACUUCAGAUGCGCAUGCGCCCUCUGCUGCGGAGCCGCGUGUGCGGAGCGCAGUCAGUUUGCUGCAGACCGCCGGAGCGGAAGCAGCAUCUCCGGCUCCCCGACCAGCAGCGGAGCUUCUCGGACCGAGGACGGGUCUCUGGGACCGAGGACGGGUUUCCCGCCGGACCUGCAGCUGAUGAGACCAGGACCAGCUGCACUUCUCUGUCCUGCAGCAAAGCGGUUCUGUUCCAGCUGGGACGUGUGGGUAAGUCAGCCAUGUCUGAAGACAGCGUGAUCAACUGCACCAUCAGCCAUGAAGUCCACCAGUAUGUCUUCUCCUGCGUCUACAUCCUGGUGCUCCUGGUGGGUGUUCCCUCCAACCUGUACUCCCUGUACCACGCUGCGGUCCAGCUGAGGCAGAGGAACGAGUUGGGCGUCUACCUGCUCAACCUGACCGUGUCCGACCUGCUCUACCUGGCGUCUCUGCCCCUCUGGCUGCAGUACAUCUUUCGGAAUGACGACUGGCAGCACAGAGAGUGGUUGUGUCAGCUUUGUGGUUUCCUGCUCUAUGAAAACAUCUACAUCAGCAUCGGCUUCCUGUGUUGCAUCAGCAUGGACCGCUACCUGGCCGUGGUCCAUCCUCUCAGGUUUACCUCUCUCCGCUCUAUGACUGCAGCAUGGAUCGCCAGCGCCACCCUCUGGCUUAAAGAGGUAGCGGUGGGUGUGGUUUUCUUUCGCCAUAAAGAGGUGAGCAGAGACCAGACCAACCAGUCGGUGUGCUUCGAACAUUACCCCAUGAUGCCGUGGGAAUACCCCGUCAACUACUACCGCUUCAGCGCCGGCUUCCUGUUCCCGCUGGUCAUCCUGUCCGUGAGCUACCUGAGCGUUCUUCGCGCUGUGGGCCGCAGCGCAGGAACCCAACCGGACCAGAAGACCCGGAUCCGGCAGCUGGUCAGCAGCACCGUCCUCAUCUUCCUGGUCUGCUUCUCUCCGUAUCACGUCUUCCUGCUGCUGCGGACGCUGUUCGAGCGCGACUGCAUCUUCAUCGCAGGAAUCUUUAACUAUUACCACGUGUCGCUGCUGCUCACCAGCCUGAACUGCGUCGCUGACCCGGCGCUCUACUGCUUCGUGAGCGAGAGCGCCCGCCGCGGCCUGCACCGCGCCGUCGUCAGACCCGUCGUCAGACUCGUCUGCUGCUGCCGCCGCAGAGGGAACGCCAGCCCUGUCGGCCCAGCCGGCGACUCCCACGAGGUGGCGACGGACGGGAACGGCGGCCGGAGUGUGACGCUGCUGACCCACAGCUACACCAAGACAGGCAGCGGAAAUGCGACCUCUGACCCCUCGACUGUCCCAGACGAGUCCGGUGGGGACAUGGGAGGAAGGACUGGGGACAGGAAGUGCAGCUGAAACACGGCAGCCGCAGGCGGUCGGACCGCCAGCCCGGGUUAACGCCGUUACCGAGCUUUCGUCCGAUCAGCUGAACGUUAAAUUUUGACCUUUGACCUGUAGUUUCUGCAGGGGGACUGGCUGCCCUUUGUUAAUUGGUCAAAAACCGACUGGAGACAAUCUGAGUGAAAGAAAUGUGCGCAGACUGAGCCAGAAACUUUCUGUAGUGGAGAAUAGCAGGAACCCAACGUCCGGAACCGACCGGAUGGAACCAGUUGGAACCGGAUAGAACGGAUGGAACCGGAUGGUACCGGAUAGAACUGGAUAGAACUGGAUGGAACCGGAUGGUACCGGAUGGUACCGGAUAGAACUGGAUAGAACUGGAUGGUACCGGUCAGCUGGGCUGCAGUUCUCACUGAAUCUUCUUUUCUUUCAGUGACUCCAUCAUGUCAAACAGUUUUUAUGGCUGUUUGCUCUAAUAUUUUAUUUCUUUAUCAUGAUGAUUGAAUGAAAACAUUUCAAACGUCACAUCACACUAAUAAAAACAAUAUUUUUAAAAACAAA